CUAGCGCAGCCUUGGUUGCGUGCGCGCCUGCCCUCGCCUUCCUCGGAGGCUGAGAGAGUGUGACUCGCCCAAGGUCAGGCGUCCAAGGUUGAGCCCGCCUGCGUCGCUAACACCGCCCAAAUUUCCGCUUCCGACCGUCACCGGCUUCCCGCCGCAUGCGUUUUGCUGUCCUUUAGAGGUGGCAGGAAGCGAGGCUGCAGCCUGGAGCAGAGCUGAACCGGAUUCAAGAAAGAUCCAGCAACAGAGCUGUUAGUUGCCAUCAGCUGUCCUCCCAAACUGUAUCAUGUCUCUUCUACACCGCUUAUGUUACAUCGGGUUUCAUGUUCUUGAGAAGGAACACCUGGCUAAAGAUCUGGUGAGUAAGUUUGGCUUUGAGUUGUUUGCAACACGGAAAGCAGAAUCAAGCAGGCAACUGGCUUUGCGAAGAGGGGAUGCAAUUUUUGUCGUCAAUGAAAAACGGCAGGUGAUACCGGGAGAAGUUGCAUCUGAGUCAUCUUCUGAUAGUGGGAUCCUCUACGAUGUGGACCUACAGUAUUCUGUUAGUACAGCCUCCAACAUUGGCUUUGAAACAGAAGAUGUACCUGGCUUCACCCUGAGUCUGCAGGAGCGUGGCUGCCAAAUCCUUAUCCCUCCCACCACUGUAGCGGAUGAGGAUGGCUGUGUCAUUUAUUCUGUGGUGAAAUCUAUUGUGGGCAACAUUAGCCACACUCUACUUGACCGGUCUCAGUAUUGUGGACCAUUCUUGCCUGGUUUCCAGGUUGAGAAGGAUGCCCUCAAGAAGUUCCAGAAGACUGGGGAGAUCACACACUUUGACCACAUCACUUUCGUUUGCCCCCAGGGCAGUACACAAGCUUUACUGGAGUGGUAUGAGACCUGCUUUGAUUUCCAGCGCUUCCUGGUCCAUAAGCAAGAUGACGUCGCAGAGGGCUAUGUAAUCCAUGGGGCGGGUGUGGGUCUUCGCCUCACUGCUAUGUGGUACAGUGGGCUUGACCAGGACUGUAAAUUUAUUCUGGCAGAGUCAAUGCCAGGGCAGAGUCACAACCAGGUGGACAAUUUCUUAGAGCAGCAUGGUGGAGCUGGCAUCCAACACAUAGCACUCUAUACCACAGAUAUCAUAAGUACUGUUGCAGCCAUGGCCAAGUCUGGAGUAAACUUUGUCAAAACGCCUGUAGAAUAUUACACUGAGAAAAGAAAGAUGCAGGAGAUACAGCGAGCUGGGCAGGAUAUUCAGCUCUUAAAAGAUCGUGGUAUUCUUCUGGAUGCUGCUGUAGAUGGAGAAGGAGACCACAGUGACCUUCAUGGGAAACAAUUCCUGAUGCAGAUCUUCACCAAGCCACUCUUUAGAGAGGAGACUUUCUUUCUGGAAGUCAUAGAGCGAUGUGGGGCUGCAGGUUUUGGAGAGGGAAAUAUCCGUGCUCUUUGGCAAGCUGUUCAGAAUUAUAUGGGCCAUCAGUAGGGAGAGAUACUUCAGUUCUCAACUCAAAAAACCCUUUUGUGAGUCCCAUGUGGUAUCAAUGCUCUUGCAGACCUACCUUUGUAGCUUGUGUUCCCAUGUUAGAUUAAUAAUUUGCCUAAGAGUUCUGAUGAAGAUACUAUACUUGUUUCUUACAUUAGCAAAGCACACUCCAUCCUGUUUGCUUACUGUCACGUAGAAAAACUCUAUAUCCUAUGGCUGACCUUUAACUAGAACUUGUAUACGUCACUGACAGGAAUUGGGAGACGACGGUAGGAAAGAACUAUUGUGGCAGCAACCACAGCUUUUCAAAAGAAUGCAUAUGAAUUUUGUCUUUCUGUACAUCUAAGCUAAUAUUUUUUUUCUCAACCCUGAAAUGGUAUAAGACAUAGCAUGCAUUUCUGUCCCAGAGAGGAGUGAAUGCUAUUAUUUUCAAGUAAGUUAUUGGUCUAUAAUAAAACUUAUAUUCUUUAGGGACCUGGAAACAAAGUCUGAUAUAGCUAAAAUGCCCUUUGAACAAAUCUUUUUCUGCUGUCCCUUCCUUAAAAUGAGGAACUUACUUCUGUCUCUACUAGUCUUGCUGCUUAUACAAUUUCUGUUGCCCAGUUUGUAAUAUUCCCAGUGAAAAAAAAUCUUCCUAUUUUGCUUUAGUUCACAUGCCAUAAAAAGGAUUCCAUUGACUGUAGAGAGCCAGAGAGACAAUGCACGUUGUUUUAGUUCAGAACAUGCCUCAGUAAUUGCCUGGACUGAAUGGUAUUUACCUCACUGAUUCCUCGGGUUCUUGGAUUCUCUUCAGUACUAAAUGAAAUCUAGAUUUUACUGGGAGAAGAUAUGGUGCUAUUAUUUGUGUUUUAGUAAUAUUAUUGAUGUAACAAUGGCAUUACAGAGAUAGUAAACUAUUAUUUACCUAUUGAAUUAUUUUUCCUUAUUAAUAUUAACACAGAAACCCAUUGUUACAGGACUACACAAUUGGAGGAGUGGUGAACAUAGGGCGUGUGAUUUUCUUUAAGAAUAUCAGCUUGCUUUUAAAUAUACCUAUUGAAGACUCCUGGAAACACAACCAACAUAAACACAACCUGAUAAAAUAAGUGAAUCAACUGUAUAAAUAAGUGAAAAAUAGAAACAUAACUUUGCAUGCUGUUGGGAGAUAUAUCUUAGAAACUGAAAUGGAAAAAGAGAAGUGGCAUGUUGACACCUGCCCAAAUUUGUCCCAAUCCCAAGGUAAGGAAGUUGGAACAUUCAAAAGCAUGAAGUCUAUCUCAAAAACAAAAGGAAGCUUGGCUUUCUUCCCAAACCCCUUUGAGAGCUUGAACAGUUGGUGCUGUUGAGCUAUUACUUUUCUUCUGCUUCAGGGCUCCCUCCUAAGUAUCUUAGCUGUUGGGAUGGAAUAACAAAAGCAGCACUGUUCUCUUUAGAAACACAGUUUCAUUCAUUGUUUUUAGGCAUACUAUUCUUUUUCUACUGGAUGUGAUGGCGUAGUGUUUUGAUAUUUUAGUUUGGUAAUUUAGUCAGCUUGUUUGUUUGAUAAACUCUCAAUUUCUGUAAUCCUGGAUAUAACUUUUUCCAAGUAUAAUGGUUCCCCUGUAUUUCCUUUCUCCUUAAAAUUAAAAUAAUUGAUAAUCUGUUGUCAUUCUUAGAAA